AUGGCUGAGUAUGAGGCAUGCACCCUUGGGAUCCAAGCGGCAAUUGACUUCAAGGUCAAGUUGCUCAAGGUAUAUGGGGACUCAGCCUUGGUAAUCCACCAGUUGAGAGGAGAAUGGGAGACCAGGGAUCAUAAGUUGAUACCCUACCAGGCCUACAUCAGAAAACUGAUAAAGUUCUUCGAUGAUGUAUCCUUUCACCACAUCCCUAGAGAGGAGAAUCAGAUGGUCGAUGCCCUUGCCACUCUAGCGUCCAUGUUCCAAUUGAUCCCGCAUGGGGAUUUGCCGUACAUCGAAUUCAGAUGUCGCGGCAAGCCUGCACAUUACUGCUUGAUAGAAGAGGAGCAAGAUGGUAAACCUUGGUACUUUGAUAUAAAGCAAUAUAUCGAAGACAAUGAAUACCCAUGGGAGGCUUCUGACAACAACAAGAGAAUGCUGCCAAGGUUGGCAUCCGGCUUCUUCCUGAGUGGGAAUAUCCUGUACAAGAGGAACCAUGAUAUGGUUUUGCUCCGAUGUGUGGAUGUCAGGGAGGCUGAGCAAAUGCUAGUGGAAAUGCAUGAGGGAUCCUUUGGAACGCAUGCCAACAGACAUGCCAUGGCCCGAAAGAUCCUGAGGGCAGGGUAUUACUGGCUCACUAUGGAAAACGAUCAUUGUGUCCAUGUGAGAAAAUGCCACAAGUGUCAGGCCUUCGCUGAUAAUAUCAAUGCUCCGCCCAUGCCUUUGAACGUCUUGGCAACACCUUGGUCGUUCUCUAUUUGGGGAAUAGACAUGAUAGGAGCUAUUAAGCCCAAAGCUUUGAAUGGACAUGGCUUCAUUUUGGUCACCAUUGACUACUUCACCAGAUGGGUUGAAGCGGCUUCGUACGCCAGUGUGACUAGGAGUGUGGUGGUGAGGUUCAUCAAGAAAGAGAUAAUUUGCCAGCCCAAGAUGAAUGGGGUAGUUGAGGCUGCUAAUAAGAACAUCAAGAAAAUAGUUCAUAAGAUGACCAUGUCAUACAAAGAUUGGCAUGAGAUGCUCCCUUUUGCAUUGCAUGGUUAUCAAACCUUAGUACGAAUAUCAACUGGGGCAACCCCUUUCUCUUUGGUAUACGGGAUGGAGGUUGUGCUUCCGUUCGAAGUAGAGGUUCCUUCUUUGAGGAUUCUAGCCGAAUUAGGGUUGGAGGAAUCGGAAUGGGCCCAAACUCGCUUUGAUCAGUUGAAUCUUAUAGAAGGUAAGAGGUUGGCCGCCAUAAGCCAUGGGCGAUUUUAUCAAAGCCAAGAAAAGAAUGCUUUCGACAAGAAGGAAAUGGCUCCAAGGAAGCUCCCUGCUAAGAGGGUGACGAAAGAUGCCACCGGAGAAGGUUCUAGUGUGGCCCCAUAG